GUCCCUGGCUGUUGGCAAGAAUGGUCACUGUUUGCGUUUCUGGGAGGGUAGCCAACCGCUGCGUCAAGUUGAUGUAUGCGAUGUCGAGGAAUGGAAGGACUUCAGGGGAAGCAUCUACUUCCAAAAUGGCGCUCUCACCCAGCAUGGUCGUACGAUGCCUGCCUUUCCCAUCAACAUCACGGCUUGUUUUGCCAUAGCCGGGGGCCAUCAACCAGACCUGCAGGAAGACUGCUACUUUAUGGUGCGACCCGUGUUCCAAUGUGAUGAUGAGGGCCCCGACGGCGGGCUACCACUAUCCUGUGUCGCGCCACAUGCUUGCGCGUGGGCGAUCACUGCGAACACCAGCAGCAUGCCCCAGCAUGUGAAUGCGAGCAUGAGCGCCUUUGAAGAUGCGCUGGAGACAGCUGGAAGGCACUUCCCAGGACUCACAGCAGAAAGCCCGUUGCUGUACCUCGUCAACCCGGUCGAGGUGACUGGAUCUCUGGGAGCUUGGGUUCCUAUAUACUACGUCUUGCUCUUCAUCUAUGUUCCCUUUGGGACACUCCUUGCCUGGCUGCAGCCUGCUUGGCAGUCAGGAUGCGGAGGAGCACUGCAAAACUAUGUUGACUUCUUGGAAGGUCUAUCUGAGGAUGACACGGACUGA